AAAGCGCCCGCUGCAGUCUCGGCCGCAGCGGGCGAGAGCAGCCGAGUCCCCGCCCUGCCACUUCCGGUCCCGCCGCCGGGAGCCGGUGCGGCUGUGAGGGGCCGCGUCUCGCCGCCGCCGCCGCCCGGCCGGGCAUGGUGUUGGGCGCCGGGCCCGCCUCGCCUGUCUCCGGGUGCCCAGGGUAAAGGUGGCAGUAAUGCUAACGCUAGCAAGCAAACUGAAGCGCGAUGACGGUCUCAAAGGGUCCCGGACGUCAGCCACAGCGUCCGACUCCACUCGGAGAGUUUCUGUGAGAGACAAGUUGCUUGUUAAAGAUGAGGGUUACUACCAGGGUGGAAAAUUUCAGUUUGAAACUGAAGUUCCCGAUGCCUACAACAUGGUGCCUCCCAAAGUGAAAUGCUUGACCAGGAUUUGGCACCCCAACAUCACAGAGACAGGUGAAAUUUGUCUAAGUUUACUGAGGGAACACUCGAUUGACGGCACUGGCUGGGCUCCCACAAGAACACUGAAGGAUGUUGUUUGGGGAUUAAACUCUUUGUUUACUGAUCUUUUGAAUUUUGAUGAUCCACUGAAUAUUGAAGCUGCAGAACAUCAUUUGCGGGACAAGGAGGACUUCCGGAACAAAGUGGACGACUACAUCAAGCGUUACGCCAGAUGAUGAAGGGGAAGCUUGCAGGCCCACGGACUGUGUUACAGUUUGUCUCUAACGUGAAACAGCAAGAGGUAGCCCCACCUCUUCCCCGUCCUCACGCUCCCUCUCAGUCCCACUGGAUUGUCCCAGCCCUGUGACCAUGUUGUCCUGAAGAAGACCAUCUUCAUGACUGCCCGUUGUAGAUGGAGAAUUCCACAUAAAUACAGCAAGAACGUGUAUUUGGGUUUCUAAAGAGUUGUCUGCUUACCUUAACAUGUUUACUUUUUUGAAAUUGUACUGUAUAGGCUGUUGGUGAAAUUCUUGAGAAGUUGUAAUGAACUCAAAAUUGAGGCUAGAGCUUGCUUACCCUUUCCCCAAACAAAAUUGGUUUCCUGCACAAGUGACGCUAAUGAUGUGUUCAGUGUAACUCGCAGAUUGGCAAUAAGAAACCCGCUACAAACUGUGAUUGGAGGCAAAUUCUCUUAGCUUCUUCCACGAAUGUUGGCCCUGCCUAGACAUUGUGAAGCCUUCCAGAAUGCAUAGAGUCAUUCACUGUAGAUCUCUUAUUGAAAUGCGUAUUUUAUUUAAUGUAAGUAUAUUUUGGAACAGAUUUGUAAUUUGUACAAUUUAAUGCUUUAAUUAUUUUUUCUAUUCUCAUUUAGUUUGUAUUUUCAUUGUAUAGAGCAGACAGAAAGAUGUUGGGUCAAUCAACUAUUGAAGAGAAAUACAAAGAAACUAUGAAAG